AUGAGGUUGCUGCUGUUCUAUUUCACCGUGGAGGUGAGAGAGUCGCUCACUCCUGACGGCUUUACCCUCGCCUUUGGUUCAGUGAACCUGAGGCUUCGUUCCGGCUUUGGAGACAACUUUCUGCUCAUGCCGGGGAGGAGCACGGUGAAGUUGUUUGACAAGUGGGAGUCCCAGUGGUUUUUCCUUCGGGCUUCGAGGACACGUCUUCAACACACGGGUGAUCUUCCUCGACACUCGGGGGUUGGAGGCCUCAAGGAGGCGCCUCACCCUGGCGAGCCUCGGUCAACUGACCUUUGGAAGGUGAUCAAGAUCAAGGAGGUGUCCGCCGAGAGGAGCUUUUGUGACCUUAUGGAGGAGAUUGUGAUGGCAGGGCGCUUCAUGAUGAGGAGCCGUCCGAGGUCCGAGCUUGGGAUUCCACGGGCUUUCCGUCCUCCGCAGUUCGUCAUCGCGCCGACGUUUUCCGAGGAGAGGGCGGCGCGGUGGGCCGUGCAGCAGAUAGGUCCGUACGGCGUGCUGGAGCACCGUGGCUACGAGACCAAGAUCAGCGGCGGGGGAUGUCACAACAUCAUCGCGAAGUGCUUCGGAAAGAUGUGGCCUUGGACUCGCGAGACAGGGCUUCGGCUACGGAGCGACUCGUUGGUGGAGUUGUCGACCGGAGCCAGCGGUGCGGGUGUCCCGGUGUUCUCCAUCGGUCGCGAGCGUCUCGAGGUGGAGGCUCCUACCUCGGGUGCGAGGGUCGCGGUUCCUGAGGUUCCCGAGGGCGAGCCCUCGACUCAAGCGAGGGACGGAGAGCUUCCGACGACCGAGGAUGGGGUGAGAGACCCUCUCGUGACACUGGAGCUGGUGAGGGGUUUGGUUGAGGCCCUGGUCGAGGGCACUCCUCAAGACUCAGGUGGGGGCGCUUUCCGCCGCUUUGGACGUGGAGAUUUCCAAGUCUACUCUUGCCUUGAGCGAGUUGGCUUCGGAGAGGGUGCGGCACGCGAGGCCGUGGAGGCUGAGCUUUCCCGCGUUUCGGCGGAGCUUGCGGCCAUGGAGACCAAGGCUCGGCUCGUUGAGGAGCAUCAGGCGGACGAGAUUGCGAAGACUCGUCGAGUUGAGGAGGACUUGGUGGUGGCCAACCUUGAUAGGGAGCACGCUCGAGCGGAGGCCGCUUCCCUCAAGGUGGAGUUGGCUGCAGCGAGUGACGGCCCGAUGCUCGCUCCUCGUGCUCGCCUCCUCCGGAUUGUCGUCCCGAGGUGGUUUCGCUUUUACUUGCUCAGGCCACCGAGAUUCGGGAGACGAUGAUUUGCUUGAGGAGCUCACCCUUAGGGUUGCCGGCGGUGACCAAAACAAGCGGCGGCGUCCCUGCGGCUCCUGCGAGGAAUUGGGCGGUGUGGGCGCGAGGAGACGGGGAAGCAAGAGGGGGAAAAGAACGGGGAGGGCAGGGGCUUUAUAGGGACGCGCUCAGGGCACUUCGGGAGGGCCGGGUUAAGCGGGGCGGCGAUGGCGCGCGGCGGGGAGUCCGGCGCGGACUCGGCGGGCGCUUUCCAUCGGGGACGAACACCCUGACAGGUGGGCCCCACCUGUCAGCGGCUCAGCGCGCGCGGGCAGCCGGGCUGGUCUGGCUUGGUCGGUUCGCGCGGAACUGGGCCGGUUCGGCCCAAAACGGCCGGGCCGGUCCGGUUUUCUCCUUUUUUUUCUUUUAGCCUUUUCUUUUUCCCUUUUUCUUAUUUCUUUGAUA